GUCGCAUUCGGUCCUGUUGGACAUCAACCUGGAUCACGCCGAUCGAACCGAUGCUCCACUCGGCCCGGCACGGGGAAGAGGAGCCGGACACCGGUCCAAGCGAGCCCUGAUUGGAGCAUACCAAAGUCCAGCGCUAACCGAAGAGAAGCCCAGCAUCCACGUGACACGUUCCCGGCAAUGGCCGAGAAAAAGUUGCUUCUCAACAUCGCGACUCAAGAAGGAGACAGCAGCUGUUGAGCGUGAAGGAGGUGGACGGCGGCUCCGACUACAACGCAGACAAGCCCGGCAAUCUAUUGUGUCUUGCUCCAUCUUUCUUCUCCGACCUCCACACCGGCAGCACCCAAUUCCUUUCUCGCCUGUAUAUUUGCACCUCGCCCGUUUUAUUUUCCUCCACCGGACAACGUCUCCUUUUCCAAACGACGACGAUCAUCAUCCAACAUGGAAGCCGUUGUAACAAGGCCAGCACUCUCCUGCUGCCGCCGGGCUGCGUCCUCAGCUCCGUCAUCCACCAGGCUCCUCCUCAACAGCAGCCUCCCCUCGGGCACCCGGCAAAAGUCGACCGCCGCCCGGACACGCCGCGCGCUCAACAUCCCGCCGCACCCGUCGUUCCUGCACCCCAACAAGACCCCCGAAUCCGUUGCAUCCCGCCCCACAAGCGACGAAAUUAUCUUUAACCCGCCCUCGUCAGCCCCCUCCGUCUUCCACACCCCCUUCAAGUUCCUCCCCAAGACCGACCCGCGCCGCAUGGCAAACCUGACCUCGAACCUGUUCGCCUCGUCGACAACAAUCCAAUACAACUACAGCCCCUCCUCCGCCGCAUCUCCCUCCGCCGAAACAACAACGACCCCAUCACCGGAAUCCUUCCCCUCCAUUGAGGGCCCGCCCGUUCUCAAACCGCGGCACCACCUCACGCCGCAAGACAUCGAGCAGAUGCGGCGGCUGCGCGAGCAGGACCCCGUGACCAACAGCGUGCAGAACCUGGCGCGGCAGUUUCAGUGCAGUAAGCUGUUUGUGCUCAUGUGCUGCCAGGCGCCCAAGGAGCACCAGCAAAAGAUCAAGGAGCAGGAGGAGAAAGUCAAGGCGCGGUGGGGCCCCCGGAGGAGGGCGGCGCGGGAGGAGCGGCAUCGGAGGAUGGAGAUGCUUUUUAACGGGCAGUUAUAGAAAGGAAGAAGUCGACGUAGAAGGAGGGAGCCGAAAAGCGAAUUUGCACGGAAAGAUAUGGUGGUUGGAUAUGCUCGCGGUGUUUUCGGGUCAGAGUUCGGCCCAAAGAGGGGUUGGAAUGGUUCGGCUCCUUGCAGAGCAAGUCCAAUGCUGCCCAGUCUAGUACUGAGGGGCUAUGGUUAUGGUUGGGUGACAAGCUGGAUCUCGCAGCACCUUGCUAAUGUUCGGCGGAUGGCAUGGCAGGAGCAUCACUGUACGAUGAAUGGCAUGGGCAGGCAUUCAGCGGUCUUUGGCGGGCAUAGACGGAUC